ACCCUCUUUUGUAUCUGCAUUUAUCAGCUCAAGGGGCUAUUUUCCCAAGCAAUUCCGGCCUCCUCUUCUUUCUCUCUUAUAUAUAUAUAUACAUAUAUAUAUAUAUAUAUUGAUUUCGCCGUUGUUUCCUCUAUCCGAUCAUAGAUCAAUCGAAAAAGCAUUUUUGGAAUCGUUCUCCUUUUUGAUCGACUGUUAUAGUACAUAUAUAUCAUCUUCUUGGCGAUUCUGUCAUAGUUGUAUCUUCGUUGUUCUCAGGCGUUUUCUCCACUUCCAACAAUGAACGGAGGAGGUUCUACUGUUUCGAUUACAGGUAGGGUUCAGGAGAUGAUCCGAGAGAUCAAAGAGAUCACGGGUAAGCAUAGUGACGAUGAUGUUUAUGCAAUGCUUAAGGAGUGUAAUAUGGAUCCUAAUGAAACUACGCAGCGGCUUCUAUAUCUGGAUUCAUUCCAUGAAGUAAAGAAGAAACGUGACCGGAAGAAGACAGUGAUCAUUGGUGAUCGGGGUGAACAAUCAAGGUCGACUUUUGUGCAAGGUCAAGCAGCUAAGGGAGUGCGAGGGAACUACUCUUCUUAUCCAUCUCGUGGUGUUGCUGUUGGAAGGAGUAUGCCAGUUCGAAAGGAGAAUGGGAUUAGUAGUUCCGUGGAAAAAAAAUCUGAGAUAUCUCCUAUCGUGCCUGAAAAGAUAGUGCAAAAAUCACCACCCCUGGAGAAAAGAUCUGAGACAUCUCCUACCGUACCUGAAAAGAUUGUGCAAAAUUCAUCACCCCUGAAUAUGACAAGAAGUUACAAAAUGGCAUCAGUUGGCGGUCCUUGGAAUGCAUCUAAUGGGCUAGUUGUUAAUGAACAUAAGCGCGGAAAAUCUACAGGAAUCCAUUCCACUUUUGCCAAUGACCCAGUACCUCUACAAAACCCAAUUCUUCAUUCAGUUGUUGUCAAGGAUAAGGUGAAUGGCAUAAUGGCUGCUGCAGAAUCUCUCACUAGUGUAGUGGUUGAAAAUGGGCCAUGUAGUGCUCCUGUUGGGAAGGUUCUUCAAGCAACCUCUUCAAAUGUCUUGCCAGCAGAAGUCAGCAAGCCCAAUCAGCAGUUAUCUGGACAAACAACUACUCCCACCACAGCAGUUUCAUCAAAGAGUUCCACAAUGAUAGUAAAAGGAACUCCUGAGUCUGUUACGGGACAAACAGUGUCUGCACUUGAGAUGAAGCUUGCAAAAGUAAAUGUGGAUCCACCUCAACCUCAUCAUGUCAUUUUUCCUGAUCAUAUCCAUGUACCAGAUACUGUGAAGGCUGGUUUGACAUUUGGAAGUCUGAAUAUUAACUAUGACCAGACUGAACAAGUAAUUGAUGGCUGUGUUGGUGCUCCGAAAACGCAACUUGUGCCUGAGACUAUUCCAGAGAAAGAAGAUACUGCCAAAGAAACUAUUAUGAGCAAUGAAGGGUUGUCCUUAACUGCUCAAGAAGGUGAUGUUCUUGUUCAUUCUGAGUCUCCAAGACAUGUUGUACCUGAGGUUUUGCCUUUGCAAGAAAGAGUCUCAAUUGAUGCUGAAGCGAAAUAUGAUCAGCCAACACCUCAGGAGGAAAACCUCUUGCUUCAAGGAGCACAAAAUUCACUACCCAUUGAUCCGAAUUUCAGUCUUCCUUCUAUUCAAGUCAUGCUUAGUAGAGAGCUUCAUCAAUCUGAAGGUCCUGAAACUCAGAGUGGAAAAUCCCAGGUUUUUGAAGCAGCAGAUUCAUCAUCUCUCGAACAGCAGGCUGUAGAUGUUACUACCACUAAUACACAGACUUCCUUCCAAGUUUCGCCACCUCCAUUUCCAUUUUAUGCACAUGGAGCUGCCUUCCCACCUAAUUACUUUCCCUAUAAUCCCUAUUUUCACCCUUUUUAUGUAGCCUCGAGCAUGCAUCAGUUCUUGGGACCGGCUGGCUUCGCUCAACUCCCUGCAACUGGCAAUAUGUAUCUACCAUCAGCAGCUGUUUCAGGUGUAAAACUAGAGACCACCACCACCACCCCUCAGGGAAAACCUGUAAUGAAUGCUGGAAAAUCAUCAACCCCAUUUGUGGUUCCAUCAGGCUAUGGCUACACUACCAAUAUACCACCCGUGGUUACUUCUGGAAGUAACAACAAUGGAACUGAUGAAUACACAGUAUCAUCUGACUCUUCAAAGGAGAGCAGCAGUAUUUACACAACUAUGCCACAGCAGGGUGAGCGUCCAAUUGUCUAUCUUCCUGCAUCAGGGCGAGAAAUGCCAGGUUUUCAUGGACAUCAUCCAUUCUAUAAUGGUCAGCAAAUUGUGUUUGCUCCUCCUCCUCAGGCUGGACAUGGACUCUUUCCGGGAAUUUAUCCUGCAAUGCAGGCUGCAACUGCCGGUUCAAACAUACAGCAGCAACAGUUUUCUCGAUACCCUCCAUCAAUGGCAGGAACUGGUGAAACUGGAGUUCUCCCAUCGCCUUCUUAUCAGAUGCCUACUCAAAAUGGAAUUAAUUCAAAUACCAAUUAUGCACUUCAGUAAAAGACAUUAUCAAAUCGAUCAUCGUCUCAAUCUGAGUGUAAGUAUAUACAACUGUGGCCUGGAGAACUGUAGUAGAGUAGGAGAAAAAGCUCGAUGGUGCAACAACAACAACUAAGGUACUAGGGUUGUCUUUUAAUUUGUCAUACUGUUCUUUUUCUCUACCAUUUAAAUCGGGAUUUUUUUUCUUCUUUUUUGGGUCUCCCUUUUGUUGUCAUAGGAAGUUGGAAUUGAGGUUCAGAUUAGAAGGUCGUUUUUUUUUUGUUUUUGUUUCAGGAACUUGCUCCAUAUUAUAUACAUUGUUGUAAGUCUGAUGGGAUUAGGCAUAUUACACUAUAUAUUAUUUAUAGUUUUGGAUAGAUUUAUU